UGUUAAAGAAGAUGAAGAUGGACAUAUUAAAGAAAUUUUGGAUUCCAAGUGCUAUCUGAAUCCCAAUGCACACAAGUUUACUAAUGGGUCAUCAUGUUCUCGAAUUCCAAUGCACACAAGUUUACUAAUGGGUCAUCAUGUUCUCGAAUUCCAAUGCACACAA